GCGGCACUCGGUACUGUUUGACUGUGGGAAGAUGACAUAUGCUUCGGUGUUUCUGUCGUCUUUACUGUUAUCAUCGUUAUGCCGUUCAUUUGGGGCAGAGGUUUCCUUGUGGAAUGUAGAUGUUAAUUUGCAUAAAGAGGUCGUUUUUCGUAAGACCUUAUAUCCCAACAGCACAAUCUUCAUGGAAUUUCAGGGAGAUCAGGCAGCAUGUGAGGAGAAAAAACAUAAAAUGGCCUUUAAUGUUAGCUGGUAUCUUCGUUCCUCCAUCUGCUAUAAUGAAGUAUUCAACACCCCUGACAACACUGCAAAGAACAUGUUUGGUAUGCAUCAGAGGCUGAAGGAGGACUGGACUGGUUUCUACAGUCAGGGCUACAUCUACUUCGAAAACUGCUCAUCUCUAUUCACGCAAAAGGUUUAUUAUAAAGAAUUCCAGCCAGUUCUGCCUCUCAGUGGUCAAGAAGACAAGCCUACAAACCAAACAGGAAAUGUGUGGGAGAACAAACUGGAGGCUGCAGUUGCCCAGUCGUGGUCGAACAGCCCCUACAUGUUCAUCGUCAGGUUUCAACCAGAAGCACGUCCUGAGGCCAGUAGAGGGCGCAGACAGACAGAGGACAGCGAUGUUUCCAGUGAUUCACUGGAGCAUUUUUCAGUUAGAAUGAUUGUAAAAGUGAAGGGUCCUCAUGAAUACUCUUCACCUGCUGACUGGCCUCUAAUGAUGUUCUUCAUGGUCAUGUGCAUCGUGUACGUGCUGUUUGGAGCUCUGUGGCUUCUCUGGCUGGUCUGUUACUGGCGAGACCUGCUCAGGAUCCAGUUCUGGAUUGGUGCUGUCAUCAUCCUGGGCAUGCUGGAGAAGGCUGUCUUCUACUCUGAGUACCAGAGCAUCCGAUAUAGCGGAGACUUCAACCAACGUGCUGUUAUCUUUGGUGAGCUGUUGUCUGCACUGAAGAGAUCUCUAGCUCGAAUCCUGGUGCUCAUAGUCAGUCUGGGCUACGGUAUUGUCAGACCUAGGUUGGGUACUACAGUGCCCAGGCUGGUGGCUGUAGGUCUGCUUUAUCUGAUCUUCUCCUCAGUAGAGGGCGUCCUCAGGGUAACAGGGGGUUUCAGCGGCACAGUGGCUCUUAUUGCAAAUCUCAGUCUCUCUCUUAUUGAUUCCUGUGUCAUGUGGUGGGUUUUCAUCAGUUUAUCUCAGACGACUCGGCUCCUGAAGCUACGCAGAAAUGUGGUGAAGCUCUCAUUAUACCAGCACUUCACCAAUACCCUCAUAUUCUCUGUGCUGGCAUCCAUCAUAUUCAUCAUCUGGACAACUAAACAAUUCAAGUUUGUGGACUGUCAGUCAGCUUGGAGAGAAAUGUGGGUGGAUGAUGCUUUCUGGAGGCUGCUCUUCUCCACCAUCUUGCUGGUCAUCAUGGUGCUGUUACGACCCUCUGUCAAUAGUCAGAGAUUUUCUCAUUCUCCGCUCAUUGAUGAGGAGGAUGAUGAGGAUGAUGAUGCAAAGGAGCCUAUGCUCAAUGAAGCCUUUGAGGGAAUGAAAAUGAGAGGGGCAAAGUCAGAGACACACAGCAGUCAGAAACCCCUCGGCAAAGAGAGUUCACAAGAUGAUGACCUGAAGUGGGUGGAAGAUAACGUCCCUACAACUGUAAUCGACGUAGCUUUGCCUGCAGUGCUGGAUGAUGAGGAGGAACUUCUUAAAACCAAGAUGGAGAGGUCCAAGAUGGAGUAGACUUGGAAUAAGGCCAAAGAAGCAAGAAUGUUAUUUCAUCAGUGCAGCUGAGGACUUGGAAAAUGAUGUGAAAUGUUGCUUAAUUAAAAGCCAUGGUUAGAAGCAGGGAUUUUUAUUUGUGUUAGCUGAGACAGUUUCUGGCCUGAGGCAAACUGUGGAAAUGAGUCCUAGGCUUGGUUUAAAAUCUCCAAUGAAGGUUUACUUUUUCUUGAUGUUUCUGUUUACUGUGUUAUCUAUAGGUCUUUUAUUCUACUUCUAGGUUUUUUUUUUGUUUUGUACUGCUGGGAAACACUGGGAUUCUAGGGGUGUGGCAGACUUUGCUAACCAAUGACCUACAGCUGUUCCUCAAACAUGCAUGGAUGGGUUUGACUACCUAGCCUUAGCAUACAUGCCAAAAAUGCAAACUGGUUACUUUAUACAGUACUGGUCACGGUUUUUUAAUGGGUUUAAUUAUUUUGGAAGAAUUCUUUUGCACACAGCUUGCCUUUAUUGUUGUGGAUAAGGUCACUUGAAAUAAAAACUGAACAUGUUUAUUUAGUUUCUAAUCCAUGUUUUAAGAGUAAAAUAAUCCCUGUGUAAGGGGUUUGUGGAAAUUUUUUGUAUAUCAUAUAUUUUUUGUAUUUUAUUGCCUUAGCUGUAGUCAGGUCCAUAAAUCUUUGGACACCAACAAAGUUACUGUUAUUUUACCUGUCUACCAUAGAAUAUUGGAAAUGAAAUUAAAUAAUGAAUUUAAGCUUAAGGUGCAAAUUUUUAGAUUUAAUAUAAUAUCAUCAUAAAUUGUUUUUUUUUACUUGGUUGCAAAUCCUUUGCAAUCAAUGACUGGCUGAACCCUGGAGACCAAAGACAUCACCAGACACUGGGUUUUUUUCCUGGUGUUGCUCUGCCAGGCCUUGAUUGCAGCUGCCUUUAGUUCUUGCUUGAUCUUGGGGCAUUUUACCUUCAGUUUUGUCAUCAGUAAAUUAAAUGCAUGCUUGAUUGGAUUGAGUCAGGGGAUUGACUUGACCAUUGCAGGACAUUCCACUUCUUUGCCUUGGGUUGCUCUCACGGUAUGCUUCAGGUCACUGUCCACCCGCACUAUUAAGCACAGUCCAAUGAGUUUUAAAGCAUUUGGCUACAUCUGAGCAGACAGUGUGGCCCUAUACACUUCAGAAUUCAUUUUACUGCUUUUGUCAGCAGUCACAUCAUCAAUAAAUACAAUACAGAUAGUUCUAUUGGCAGCCAUACAUGCCCACACCAUAACACUACCUCCAACAUGUGUGACAGAUGAGGUAUUAUGCUUUGGAUCAUGAGCAGUUCCUUCUCCAUACUCUUCCCAUCGUUCUGGUACAAGUUGAUAUGUCUCAUCUGAGAUGUUGCUCCAGAACUGUACAGGCUUUUUAUGUUUUCUUGGUGUUUUUAUUUGCCAGGGAAAGAAUUUCUCUGUCACGCACCACAGUUGUUUUCUGUAGUGUUUUGGGCCUUUUGUUGUUUCUGAGCUCACCAGUGCAUUCUUUCUUUUUAAAGAUUGUGUCAAAUAGUUCAUUUGGUCAUAUCUAAUGUUUUGGCUAUCUCUCUGAUUGGUUUGAUUUGAUUUUUCAGCCUAAUGAUGGCUUGCUUUACUGGCAGUGACAGCUCUGUGGGCUUUAUUUUGAGAGUUAACAGCAACAAAUUCGAAAUGCAAAUGCCAGAGUUGAAAUGCAACUUUAGACCUUUUAUCUGCUUACUUGUAAAAAUGAUGAGGGACUAACGUACAUCUGGGCAUGGAACAACUGAGUAGACAACUGUCCAGUUACUUUUGAUCCCCUGUAAAUGGUGGGACUGUGACUGAAAAUGGCUGUAAAUCGUACACCGUUCACCUGAUUUCAAGGUAAAUACUCUCAAAGCUGAACGCCUUCACUUUUAGCUCAGUUUCAUUAUUUAUUUUCAAGUCCAAUCUGCUGUAGUAGGCAGCUAAAAUAAUAACUUUGUCAGUGUCAAAAUAUGCAUGGACAUGACUAUUUUGGUGAUGUGGGAGGAGGGGUGGGUUGCUGUGUUUGUGUCUGUCGUUGAGAUACAGCUGAGUGAAAUAAAACUUACUUUGACCUUUA